AUGAAUCCCAUUGCAAGACGUUCAUUGUCCACUCUAAUUCCACCAAAGGUCGUUUCGUCACAAAACAUCGGCUCUGCUCCAAACGCAAAGCGUAUUGGUAACGUGGUCCAAUUCUACAAAUCUUUACCACAGGGCCCUGCCCCUGCCAUUAAGCCAACUGGUUUGAUCAGCAAAUACAAAGCCAAAUAUUUCGAUGGUGACAAUGCAAGUGGUAAACCAUUGUGGCACCUUGCUGUGUCAAUCUUGGUUAUGGGCUAUUCAUUGGAGUACUAUUUCCAUUUGAGACAUUCAAAGAACGGUGAACACCAUUAG